CCCCAACGUGCGCUCGUCCAGCUAGCUGGCUCCCGCAAUUAAUUGGAUUCAUGGUGUCAUUCAUCCUCGCAGCAUGACUUUUCUUAGCGCUCCACUUGGCUCCACAUCCCGGGUCCCUGACCGGGACGUGAUGCUGUUUCCGCCAUCAACUGGGGAAACUCUUGACUAACACGGUACUACGCCGAGGGAUCCUUCUUUGUAGGAAAAGGGAAGAUUUUGGGCGUCCGGGGAGAAAUCGAAGAAUAUAAGGAGUCUUGUCCUCCCACUGACCUCAUAGUUCACUAACCUUUAAUGCGACUAUUUUCACCGGAUCUAAUUAGCUUACGAGCACACUUACAGUCCGCUUAGGAGUAGACAACUACGAAGCUACUCCCUGAUUUGUUCUUGCAGACAAAGAACACCCCUACUAUCGACGACUCCCCUUCAAUGCACAUCAACGAAUUCCCGUACGAAAUCCUUUCGAAGAUCCUCGACGAAACAACCAAGGGCAACAUACGCAAUGGUCCGACGUACACCUUUGGCCUUUCCCAGGCCCCGCUGCCCCUCCAGAAGGCUUCGCUCCAGCGCUACGUGAGAGGGCCCGUCCCCCCAGAGAUGUUGAAGUGGGACUCGACCUCUGCAAUCCGUCUUGUUUGCUGGCAAUGGCACCAGUGGGCUUUGGACUAUGCUCUCAACGACGUCUACAUUCGCCGCUGGAAGGGUGGGGAGCGGUGGGCUGAGCUCUCAAACCGUCGCGAGAGCUACGGUCUCUAUGAACUAAUUGACCGACCCACGGGCACGGCUGUCUACCGUGACCCGUUUGCCUCUCUUAAGCAUACCGUUCGGACGUUCGACAAGUACCCCGACGUAGCAUCGAAGAUCAAGCGCAUGUGGUUCCACGGGUUCUACACGGCGGAGACGGAUGACUUAGUAUUCAAAUCUCUUAGGAAUUGCACGAGCUUGGUCUCCGUGUCUCUUCCGUGGACGACUACCCGCCAUAUGGAUUCAAAGGCAUGGCGACAGCUACUUCUCGGUAGUGGCAAGCCCCUCCGAUCACUGGAGCUCUUGGCUACCGAUCUAACCUCGCAACAGCUCGCCGACCCAGCAAACGAGGUUGAUAUGCAACCCUUCCAGUCGCUCAAUUUCGGUAUGCUCCGGCGCUUGAAGAUCUUCGGAGACACGACCUUCAUGCCGAUCACUGACCGUGACCUGUAUGCCAUUGCUCGCACGGCACAGCUUGAAGAAUUUCACUUGACCUGCAUCUCGACCAUCACCAUUGAUGGUGUCAUGGCUGUCGUCAAGGCGUCGCGCUCUACCCUUCGGGUUCUUGAACACAGCCCACGAUCUCAGGAUGGGUUCUGGCACCCUCACCCAGGGUCACCGAGCGAUUCGGAGCACCUCUGCGAGCUUCUUCGGAGCUGCCCCAAGUUAGAAACCCUGUCGAUCUCCCUUCCGUCGAUGUGCUCGGCACUCUUCUCGAAUGAGGAUGUCAAGUGGGCGGGCGAUCUGCAGGUCCGCGCCCUCCACCUCUGCGGCCAUGAGCAUGGGCGAUCCACGGGUGAAGCGCAAGAUGCCCUCCAGAAGCUUCUUCGCCAGGCUCGUCGCCUCGUCCAUCGCCGUGCUAAUAGCGUCAUCCCGAAGGAAUUGUAUAUUGAAUUGUUUUUUGCGGACUGUAUCUUUGAGCCAUCCCUCAACGGUGUCCAUGGAGAUUUCUCUCUUGCGCAGCUAGCUUCUGGGGGAGCUUGGCCUGAGACGUUAAGUUCCAGUGGUAAAGGCCCUUACGGCAGCACUGGAUUGUACGAGAAGGAGGAAGAAGGACCAUUUCAGCGCAUUGACGAGGAGGAGUUCCUAGGUGGUGUCCGGCGAAACCACUUGUCCAUCUCCACAUAAACAACAAGACCAACGAGACCAACGACUGACGGCCUGACCUAAGUUUUAUCCUAUCCACUUUCUCCAAAGUUAAAUUUUUCAUGACUCACGACCACCUGCAUUAGCGACGGGAGCCUGGUGUUGGGAAUACCAGGCAAGCAGCCAUAUUUGAUUGCUGCUUCUAUGAGCGUUUUGCAAGAAAAAGGGGUCCAUCAAAAAGCGUUUUUCAUUACAGUGAUGCGGCGGAUAUGGGUCAUCGACUGUGUUUUUGCGUCAGUAGCAUCAGCCCAAUAGGGAGGACGUAUGUAAAAUGUGAAUAUUGAUAGCUCAUCUCUGCCCAACUCGCCUUGUACAUUGCAUGCACCCAUUGAUGCACUUG